AGAAAAAAAAAACUAGUCUUUGGCUUUUCGUGCGAAUGUAGCUAGUGAUUUCUUCGCCCAAAAACAGAUUUUUGUUGAUAUCCGCAUAUUCAUGUUGUUCUCUGAAGUAUUACAAAGUAUUUAACAAACCUUAGUAAAUUUCGGUCCGAUUCUUUCGUUUCGGGUAUGUGACAUUUCCGUGUAAUGUAUGCAUAUUAUGUUUUUCUCGGACUACGGAGCCUGACGCAGCGCAUUGGUAGACAGCCUAUUUUCUAAAUACCUAUGCACAUAGAAAAUUAUCGCGUUGUGUUUUGCUGUGACUGUUAUCAAUUGAAACGAACUGUAUAUAUCGACGUAGUGAUUUAAGAAUUGCUCAACAGUGUGCGUUGCUUUUGUGAUUUUAGUGCAAAUUCAAAGUAAGAUCCCUGCGGACAUUCGUGGCGACACAAUGUAAAUUGUGACGGCUGGAUUUUAUUGGGCACCCGAGCGCACCGCGCGACCUGAUUCCACACAUCAUGGACGACGAUGGGGAUGACAAGGAUGACACAAAGAGGCGGACUCGGAACCUCAGUGAGAAGAAGAGGCGGGACCAGUUCAACAUGCUGGUUAAUGAGCUUAGCACUAUGGUCUCCACUAAUAACAGGAAGAUGGACAAAUCAACUGUCCUUAAAUCAACAAUCUCCUUCCUCAAGAACCACAAUGAAACAACAGUAAGAUCUCGUGCUCAUGACAUUCAAGAAGAUUGGAAGCCAGCUUUCCUUUCCAACGAAGAGUUCACAUACCUUGUGCUUGAGGCACUAGAGGGCUUUGUUAUGGUGUUAUCUGCAAGCGGACAGAUAUAUUAUGUAUCUGAGAGCAUAACGUCACUGCUAGGACAUAAUCCAGUUGCUCUGGUGAACAAAAGCAUUUUUGACCUGACUUUCGAUGAUGAUCGGGCAAACUUGUACAAUAUUUUGCAGAACCCGACCAAUGUGAUAGACCCGACACAGCCUGUGGGAAAAGAAAACGAGAUAAAAUUUCAAUGCCAUCUCCGGCGAGGUGCAUUGGACUUCAGAGAUGAGACCACGUACGAACUGAUUGAGUUCAAUGGAUACUUUCGAACAAAUCUGGAACAAGUCAGUAAUGAUGACAUGAACAGAUAUCAACAGGACCCUGAGUCAAGGUUACUAUUAGUGUGCACUGGACGUCUAUACACGCCGCAGCUGAUACGCGACGUGUCGCUGGUGGACUCGAACAGGAGCGAGUUCACGUCGCGGCACAGUCUCGAGUGGAAGUUCCUCUUCCUAGACCAUCGCGCGCCGCCUAUCAUCGGCUACCUACCGUUCGAAGUGUUAGGGACGUCUGGAUACGACUACUACCACUUUGACGACCUCGAGAAAGUCGUGACGUGCCAUGAAGCAUUGAUGCAAAAAGGCGAGUUGACCUCGUGCUUCUACCGGUUUCUGACCAAAGGGCAGCAGUGGAUCUGGCUCCAGACCAGGUUCUACAUAACGUACCAUCAGUGGAAUUCCAAGCCGGAGUUCGUGGUCUGCACGCACCGGGUUGUGAGCUAUGCGGAUACGAUUAAGGACACCAAGCGUGAGCAGGAGCCCGAGAUCACCGAGGUCGAAGUGACCCAGGACGUGAUGAAGGAGACCCCAACUGAGGAAGCACUAGUGCCGAUGUCACCAUCGUACAUGUCAGAGGCGAGUGAUGCCUUCGCCAACACCUACCAGACGAUCUCGCAGCCCGCGUCAGUGCGAUCGGCAUCUAGCACCGCGGGCACCGUGGCGACCGCAGGCACAGUGACGACGGCAGGCGCGUCGUGGACCCGCGCGUCGCACGCUCGGUACACCGGCUCCGACACCGCGUCAGUGUCGGGAGACUCGCGCUCCUCUCAGCGCAACAGCUCACGAGAGGUGAGGCAUUACCAGUUACAUAACCCGGCGACGACGAGUAACUACGUUUACGGUCACCCUUGUCACGGUAACGUGGUGAUGGUCCCGCAGGGGAAGGGCGCGGAGCCGGCGCUGGUGCCGCAGCACGGCAUCGGCGCGCAGUACCUGGACCCGGCGCCGUAUGUGGGCGCGGUGAGUGUGCCGGGCGUGCUGCCGCUGCCGGUCAUCGUGUCGCAGGACCAGGCCCAGAUACAGGAGCAGUUGCAACGGAAACAUGAGGAGUUGCAGCAGAUGAUUGUACGGCAGCAGGAGGAACUGCGCCAAGUGAAAGAACAGUUGCUGUUGGCAAGGCUCGGUAUAUUACAGCCGCUAUUAAACGUGCAAAAUCCGUUUGCGAAUCCGGAAGAGGUUCAGCAAAAACCACGUUUACCGGCACAAAUAGUUUACGAGCGGUCGACGCAGCGCGCCGUGACCGGAUAUCCGCCACCGCCGCCACAUCAGGCCCACCACCAGCACAUGCCGCAGUGAACGCGUGCGCAUGCGCCGGCUCGCCUACUGCACUAGGACGACGCGUGUCUUGUCCGAUCCACACAGCUGCCGCUGAUGGUCGUGCUUGUUGCCGGGUGGGAGUACUAUAAGUAAUUUCACUUGCUGCAUGGGAUAUAUUAGUCAAGCGCGACACUUAUUAUAACUAGUAGUGUGUCGUAUAACAUCAUGGUUUUUUCAUCGCCUACAAUUAUUGCCUUUGUAACUGACUCAUGAAUUAUUUUACUAUUCAACUUUGAUAGAGAUAUAUACCGAUCUGUUAACGAUUGCACUAAAUCUCGCCAUAGCAUCAGUCCUACAGGCUCACGUGCAUCUUACGCCGUUUAGCUCCUAAUAACUGUGAGAGCGCGUACAAUUCAGAGCAGUACAGAAUAGGGACAUUAUUUGAGUGCUGUCUUCGCAUAUCUUUAGUAUUUUUUUAUUCUGCUUGCUUGUUGAUUGGUGUCGGGCUUGACGAAUAACAGCCACGUUAUUCUUGUAAAUAUUAUCAUCAAACCUGAACAAGUGCUACUGUCCCUUCCACUUGCAUCUACCACUCAAGAUACACGCACCGAGCUAUACCCGCCGCUUGGCUGCGGCUGUGAAGUUAGCUGCAAACAUGGCGGAUAAAAUGAACAAGGUUUUAGAUUGGAUAUGAUUAUUAUCGAAAUAUGUUAGUAGAAUUUGAUUGAUUUUAGAAUAUAGUUAGUAAUUUUUUUUUGUACUGAUCUCAUUUUUUUAAUCCAACAAUAAACAUUUUUGCUAUUAUAAUUUUCCAAUACUAUUUAUACUAACAAUCGUAUAUAAAAUUUUAUAAAAUAAGUAUAAUUUGAAUACUACUAAAAUUAUUAUAAUUUUUUUGCGCCGCGACUUGCAGCAACUUCACGACCGCAAACUUGCGAGGCGAGCAUACACUUUUAGAGCUCUUUCACGAUACUGCUGCGAGCAGAGAAAAAAACGUUGCAGAGAACCAAAACGCAAUAUUGUUACAGCGUUUUUAAGGUUAAACAUCCAGGUUCAACGCAACGGGUUUUUUGACAUGCACAAUAUUCCGCAAUAGGGGGCAUAUCGAUAGAAUCUUCUCACUUGACAUUUUCACAAACGCUUAUGAGCCAGUGGCGGUUUGAAUUGAGCGGUUGCGAUGAUGCGUUGCAAAGUGAAGGACAUUUCCACCAUGGCGAAUACUUUACCAGUAACUGUAAUGUGCUCUGUGUGCAAUCGACGAUACUUCACGUGUCUGGUGUAUAUGUUGUAUGUAUAAUGUAUAUUGCUUGUGUAAAUAAUGUAUAAUAUGUUUAACAUAUUCGUGCAAUGUUUUACCGUGCUUAUAGAACACUAGGGUGCGGUAAAUUUUACUUAUAAUGACGGCUAUAAAUAACAUUUUUUAUGUUUUUAUAUAUUUUGUAUGUGGAGUCUUUAUUUUUACCAAAGGGCUGUGUGAUUUAUGUCGUACUGUUUAAUUCAUUAUAAAUAAUUAGUUGAAUUUAUUUUAAUGCUAUAGUUGACACAUUAUAUAGUAUGAAAAAAUGCUGACGUAUGUGUCCGUUUUUAUUUAUUUAUUAGUAAAGAUUCAAUGUAAUGGAAUGUGUACGUGCCAUGUCAAAGACGUCUGAUCUCGCACUGAAAAUGUAAAUACCUAGAUAAAUGUUUUUGUUUCGGGGUUUCAUUAGUUAGUGUUUUGUGUAAUGACGUAGGAUGAAGCGCCUAUUGAGAUGUCACAGUACGUAUCUUCGCGCAGAAAUUAGUCCAAAACGUCAGCUGAAAUACACCCCCAGCGUAGACACAUUGAGCUGAGAAAUAAUUCACUCAGCAGUCUGGUUUACGCGUGUGUAGAGUACGCUACAGCGCCCCUAGAAUGCGACAUAACAAGACUGUUCGACCCGCAGACGUACCCUUGUAAAACUGGAUUGUCAAAAAAUAUAUGUUACCAUCUUAAAAGUCAACGCGGGGAUGUUUUAUGGGAAACAAUGACACAAAACUACGUUGUUUGUUUUUACAUUUAUGGACACUUAGAGAAUUUUUAUAAGAAUUGACGAGACAGAAUAUUGAUUAGUUACGCCACAGUAAUUGUUUUAAGUAGAGGGGGUUAUGUGCAGUAAAAACUCUUUUAGCUGAGUUUCGUUAAACAUUAUAUUUUAUUGUAAAUUUAAUUUUGUUAUAUUUUAUGUGAAUGAAGUUUAUAUUGUUGUGAGUAUGCGUAUAUUUUAUUUUUUUAUAUAAUAUUGUUACGUUAUGCGUUUGGUGGUCAUGUACCGUAUUUGCUUUGAGUAUACAACUUUAUAACGCAGUAUUCGAGGUGUGUGUUCAUUUGUAGUUUUUAUACAUGAAAUUAAUUCAUCCUCAUAUCAAACGCUGCUGAUACUAAUAACAUAGUAGUUUCAAUUUAUUUUAAGUACAUUUUAAUAGAUAAUAAUACGUUCUGCUAAAUUCAUUUAGGUGAAAGCAUUUCUUGAAUUGUGUGUUGCAGGACUUAUGAUCCGUUGCUCCUGUAGACAUACAUCAUAAGUGAAUGACAAUAAGGACAAAAUUUAUUUGCCACUAGAGGGCGCACCAAUGGGUUUUUGUCCCAUAUUUAGUUGUGUAUUGUCUGCAUACGUUUCUCAACAGAUUCGAUCCCUAAGCCAAUCGAUCCCUAAUACAAAAUAGAACCAAAUAUAAACAAAACCAACAGUCACUCCAACAGCCGACAGUGACCAACAGUGACCCCAAACUAAAAUCCAAGUUGCGCAAUGUUUGUGAUUGCCAAUAUCCAGUCUAGAGCCUGUAGUUUCAUAAUCAACAACUCGGGUGCAACUGAUUGUCUGCUUCACCGCGACGUAAAAAUAUAGAAAUGCGUACAUAAUCUGUUCUUGCAUGAAAUAGGAUUUAUCCAGUUAACACGUUAAAGCAUUGGUUAAUUUAUCAUAGACAACCGAAGAGAUUUUACAAUACUUUUUGAAAUGGUCCGUCACUGUUGCCAAUUAAAAUACGGUCGGCAUACAAGUUUCUGUAAAUUUACAAAUGAGCCGCCUAUGUUUUUAAUUGUAUAAAGACAUCAUAUUAAAAUCACAAGACUUCAAAUAAUUAGCUUUGAUUGUUUUUGCUAUUCGGUAGGGUUAGCAUAAAUCUUGAGGAGUUUCUAUAUGGUACUAAUAAUCAGGAAAUAUCGUUUAUUAACAUUUAGGUUAUUGUUUUUACAGUUGUCCCCUUAUUCAGAAACAUUUUUAUGACUGCAGUAGCGCUAUUUUUUUUUUAAUUGAACACAACAGUGACAGAAAUAACAUUCAGUCUAUUGUUGGCUUACUCUGCAUAUACGAAGGGCAUUUACGGUUUGGAGACAGUUCAAGGCUGUGAUAUGUUCACAGGGACUAGAAUCACAAUGCGUCAGCACAUCGAAAGUUGCCACUAGGUAGAGUUGUGAUUAUACAUAUUUUAACAAGUGUGUAGUAACACUAGCGAAGGUGUAGUUAAUUUACAGGCUGUUGAUUUCCUUAUUUAGUUUUAAUUUAUUACACAGACAAACUUUUCGAUAAAUUACUAAUAUUUUAAUGCUGUUCACAGCGAUUGAUUUGAUCAAAUGUAACGUGUGUAUCGAGUUAUAGUAUAAUUUUUGAAAAAACACUUCUAAUUUCAACCAUGUUUGUUCACAUACAAAGGACGUACUGACGCUGUGAAAAAAGUAAUAAUUAUUUUUCUUUUUUUUUUCUGUUCUAUUUUCUUUAUAUAAGUUUUAACAUGGUUAUCAAACAUCCGCCAAUAUUUAAAAAAUAGAAUAUUUUUUGCUGUCUGUACAAGAUAUAAAUCAACAGCUUGCGCUAUUUUGUAGUCUGUAAAGGUGGUAUGUACUAAAUACUAAUCAUGAAACAAUGAAUGUAUAUACACGGUAGGAAUAAUUUUGUUAAUUCUUUACAUACGUUAGGAUUUAUGAUUCCUGAUGUUAUAUUAAAUUUGGAACUUAGUCAGCACACGUACUGUUAUAAAUAUUGUAACAUUAAUGUACAAUUAGAAUAAGGAAAGUGGAAUUGUGCAAGGUUUUGUACUAAUGAAUUAGUAAAUUGAAUUUGUAUGUUGUGUAAUUUUUAUAAACUAUGUUUUUCGUUUUAUCUGUCAAAUUGAAUGCUUCUGUUAUGUUUAUAAAGGUGAAUGCGGACUUUAAAACAAUAUUGUAAAAUCCCACAAGUGCAUAAUAUUAUUAAAAACGCUAUUGUCGCAAUAGUAAUUAAAUACAAACGGUGUUAUUGUAAAGUGUCAUUAACCAUUUUGUGUUUAUUCCAUUAGCAAAUACUUGUUUUCACCUACAAUACUUUGAGGGAAUCUUUAAUAUUGAUCGCUCAUCAAAGCGGUGCGAUAACGCCUCUAUGUUCGAACGAUAUCAUCGACGGAAAAGGAUAAAUUUACUGACACUAUAAUAUAUCUAAUCAAAUAUUUUUUUAAGUAUAUUUUACGUAUAUUCUGUACUUUUAAAACACAUUGUUGUACAUAUUGGUUUAUGAGAUUCAGAAUUGUUAAUAUAAUUCAAUAAAAUGUACAUAUAUAUUUAUUUAUUCAUUAUGAUCCAAUGUUAAUGUUUACAAGAGAAGGUACUUUACUCUCUAAGAAAUUAAGGCCAGGCAAUAACUGGAUUGCAUAGAUAUGUCGCAUUAUUUUCUUAUAUGGUCUAACAAGUGAUAUUGCUUGUUAGAGUGUCAGAUAAUAAAUCACAGUCUACAUUGAUACAGUAAAGCUAUUUCGGAGUUGACUGAUUCUAAGAGGUUGUUAGCCAUUUCAUAGUUUGUUAUUUCACGACAAACAAGUUACUCAAAAAAAAGAUUUAUUAUUUUUUUAAUUUUCUUGGAUAACGUAGUUUUUAGGUCAUCAUAAUUCGAUAGAGCUAUAUGAAGUUGUCAUCUUUUUAUCGACAUAAAUUUAAGAACCACAAAUAGUGAGUGGCAUCGUAAGUCUGAUGACAUAAUAUAGACAAUUUUUUUUAACUACUGUACAAAAAAUGAUGUAAUUGUUCCGAGGUGGUAUCGCGCAAUGCGCGUCGCCUUGAUGUGCGUCGGCCCUUAUGAGGCAUUCAAGCUGAGUUUUACAAUUGAACGUUACCAUGAUUCAUGCCAAAUAGUUAACCACGGAUAUUAUUAUUAUUUUUAUGUUAUGUUACGUUUAUUUAAUAAAAUGUUAUGUUAAUAUAAAUCAAUUUAUGAUUAGUUGAAUUUAUAAAUUUUAUUAUUUAGAAUAACGCGGUGCUGUGAAAGUAUGGUUGAGUAUAGUGUAAAAUUGUGCCGUUUAAAACAUUGUGUAUUUACUAUUUGAAGCGAUUUUAUAACAGGUAUUUCCUUCAUGUAUCCAUGUCAUAUAUAAAUAAAUAUUUGGGAAUUCUACUCACAGUAUUAUAUAUACAUCGCUCCUAGUUGACACGUCAUGUUAGGCAGUUAUAUCUUGUCUGUCGGACAGUACUGGGUUACCGUGUGCCAAAAGGGUAGUUCGCAAGUAUAUUGUGAGUAGAUUAAAUAACUACAUCGAUGUACUAGUUGUAUGCACUUAUGUAGAAAAAUAUUGUAAAUAUGAACUGGAAAAUAAUAAAAACAUCAGUGAAAAACUAA